UGGAUGACGCGGUGUUUCCGGUGUUUUGGAUGACGCUCCUGUGGCGGAGUCUCGGUCCUGCUGCCGUUUAACGAACACACUCACGGAUACGGAAGUGCGAGGCUGCCACUACCACCUGUCAGCUGACUUACUGAGCACGCUCAGUAGGAGGGGUACCCUCCACAACACUCUGAUUAACACAGUGUAACUUAGACCGCCAUCAUGGUGCUCGCCGACCUGGGGAGGAAGAUCACCUCGGCGCUGAGGUCACUCAGCAACGCCACCAUCAUCAAUGAAGAGGUGCUGAACGCCAUGCUGAAGGAGGUGUGUGCCGCUCUGCUGGAGGCCGACGUCAACAUCAAGCUAGUCAAACAGCUGAGAGAGAACGUCAAGUCUGCCAUAGACCUGGAGGAGAUGGCGUCGGGUCUGAACAAGAGGAGGAUGAUCCAGCACGCCGUCUUCAAGGAGCUCGUCAAGCUGGUGGACCCCGGCGUGAAGGCAUGGACGCCCACUAAAGGCAAGAACAACGUCAUCAUGUUCGUCGGUCUGCAGGGCAGCGGCAAAACUACGACCUGCUCCAAGUUGGCAUAUUACUACCAGAGGAAAGGCUGGAAGACCUGCCUGAUCUGCGCCGACACCUUCAGAGCAGGUGCCUUCGAUCAGCUCAAACAGAAUGCCACCAAAGCCAGGAUCCCCUUCUACGGCAGUUACACAGAGAUGGACCCGGUGGUGAUCGCCUCAGAGGGCGUGGAGAAGUUCAAAGCAGAGAACUUUGAGAUCAUCAUCGUGGACACGAGCGGACGACACAAACAGGAGGACUCGCUGUUCGAGGAGAUGCUGCAGGUCUCCAACGCUGUGCAACCCGACAACAUCGUGUACGUGAUGGACGCCUCGAUCGGGCAGGCCUGCGAGUCCCAGGCCAAAGCCUUCAAAGACAAAGUGGACGUGGCGUCGGUCAUCGUCACCAAACUGGACGGGCACGCCAAAGGAGGAGGAGCUCUGAGCGCUGUGGCGGCCACGCGCAGUCCCAUCAUCUUCAUCGGAACGGGCGAGCACAUCGACGACUUCGAGCCGUUUAAGACGCAGCCGUUCAUCAGCAAGCUGCUCGGAAUGGGUGACAUCGAGGGCUUGAUCGACCGAGUGAAUGAGCUGAAGCUGGACGACAACGAGGAGCUGAUCGACAAGCUGAAACACGGCCAGUUUACCCUCAGAGACAUGUACGAGCAGUUCCAGAACAUCAUGAAGAUGGGCCCCUUCGGACAGAUCAUGGGUAUGAUUCCAGGCUUCGGGACAGACUUCAUGAGUAAAGGCAACGAACAGGAGUCGAUGGCUCGACUGAAGAAAUUGAUGACCAUCAUGGACAGCAUGAACGACCAGGAGUUGGACAGCAAAGAUGGAGCGAAGCUCUUUAGCAAGCAGCCCAACAGGAUCCAGAGGGUGGCCCGGGGGUCAGGGGUUGCCACCAGAGACGUCCAGGAGCUCCUCACCCAGUACACCAAGUUCGCCCAGAUGGUCAAGAAGAUGGGAGGCAUCAAAGGACUCUUCAAAGGAGGAGACAUGUCCAAGAACGUGAACCCGUCUCAGAUGGCCAAACUGAACCAGCAGAUGGCCAAAAUGAUGGACCCCAGAGUCCUGCACCACAUGGGCGGCAUGGCGGGUCUCCAGUCGAUGAUGCGUCAGUUUCAGCAGGGCGCCGCGGGCAACAUGAAAGGCAUGAUGGGAUUCAACAACAUGUGACCACCGACCAACCAGCUGCCUUAACUACAGGUUCCGCCUCCAGACAGGUGGAGGGGUGGGGCUUAGAGUUACCUGUUCUCUGCUGCUUUCAAAGUGAGGAGGAGAGGAUGUCUCAUUAAUUUAAAUGUGUAGGAUGAAAAUGGAGUGUCCUGAUUAGACAAGCUGAUGAUGAUGAUGAUGAAGAUUAGUGUUGUAUUUUUGGCGUUUAAUAAACGUUUGUAUUUACACCAUUUUA